AUGGCCCCAGCUGUGGUCUGUUUGCUCAAGAUGCAGAGGUCUCAGGGCCAGUUAACAAUUGUUGAACAAAAUCCUUCGACAAACUUCAUUGAAGCAGGAGGACUUAAGGAGGAAUCACUCCUGGGAGCUAUAAGGAGGCCAGGAAAGGAGGGGCCGACGGCCCCUCGACGAGGACACCGCUGGGAGUUGCAAGAACGGGCCCAUGCUCUGCCCCCGCCCUGGCGCUGUAGCUCGAAGGAGCGCAAUCCUGUUCGGCGACCGUACUGCCGUCCUAGGUUGUUCGCGACAGCGGCUGGAGACUUCGAGGAGGCCCAAACAGGAGUUGACUCAAAGCGAAACAAGAAACAUGACAUGGGGCCCACCUUCCAUCUGGCCCGCGCCGCAGACCCCCGCGAGCCACUAGAGAACUCUGCCAGCGAGUCGUCGGACACGGAGCUGCCAGAGAAGGAGCGAGGCGGGGAACCCAAGGGGCCUGAAGACAGUGGUGUGGGCAGCGCAGGCUGCGGUGGCACUGAGGACCCAGCCAAAAAGAAAAAACAGCGGCGGCAACGCACGCACUUCACAAGCCAACAGUUACAAGAGCUGGAGGCCACGUUCCAGAGGAACCGCUACCCUGACAUGAGCAUGAGGGAGGAGAUUGCCGUGUGGACCAACCUUACCGAGCCGCGUGUGCGGGUCUGGUUCAAGAACAGGCGAGCCAAGUGGCGGAAACGCGAGCGUAACCAGCAGCUGGACCUGUGCAAGGGCGGAUACGUACCGCAGUUCAGUGGCUUGGUGCAGCCUUACGAGGACGUGUACGCCGCCGGCUACUCCUACAACAACUGGGCCGCUAAAAGCCUGGCGCCAGCGCCGCUCUCCACUAAAAGCUUCACUUUCUUCAACUCCAUGAGCCCGCUGUCUUCGCAGUCCAUGUUCUCUGCACCCAGCUCCAUCUCCUCCAUGACCAUGCCGUCCAGCAUGGGCCCGGGCGCAGUGCCCGGCAUGCCCAACUCGGGCCUCAACAACAUCAACAACCUCACCAGCUCCUCGCUUAACUCGGCCAUGUCACCGGGCGCUUGCCCCUACGGCACACCCGCCUCGCCCUACAGCGUCUACCGGGACACGUGCAACUCGAGCCUAGCCAGUCUCAGGCUCAAGUCUAAGCAGCACUCGUCUUUCGGCUACGGCGGCCUGCAAGGCCCGGCCUCGGGCCUCAACGCGUGCCAGUACAAUAGCUGACCGCCCAGCCAGGCCACGCGAGCUGAGAGCGCGGCGCGGCGCGGGCGCAGAGGACUCACACAGGGCUCGGCUUGCCAUCUCGGACCUUGCACCUGGGUAGCCCCCUCCUCUUCACCUCCCCACCUCCAGGUUGGUUUUGUGUUUCCUUUUCUGGGCCCCCACUCUGCCCUCCAAAAAAACCAAAAAAA